AUGGACGCACUGACCGGCACCGGUCACUCAGUGUCCAGCCUGCUCAUGUGCGGGGGCGUGGCCAAGAAUUCGCUUUACGUUGAGCUGCACGCAGAUGCCACGGGGUUGCUGGUGUUACUACCCCCAGAGACAGAGUCGUUCCUGCUCGGUGGCGCCAUCCUGGCGGCCAGCGCAAGUGGUCGCUACUCCAGUGUCACGGAGGCUAUGCUCCGCAUGGGCGGCUCGGGCAAAGUGUUGGUGCCGCGUUCGAGCGAGCGGCGGUUCCACGAUGCCAAGUACGCCGCUUUCCGCGCGCUCCUCGACUGCCAACUAGGCCUCAGGGAGAUCAUGUCGCCCUAUGGGAGACCACCGUCCUCGUGUUCUUGA